AGGUGAAGCGCCAACGAGGCAAAACAGAAGGCCGCGUUUGCGGUUGCGGCGCUUGAUGCUAAACCUAACCCCCCCAAGCAACCAAUCCGAACCUCGUUGCCGUCUCCAUCAGCAUUCAUCCAGGGCAGGGCAUUCUUCGCCGCUAAGCAAGCCAGGCCCCGGAGUCCGGACGAUGAUACUGCUCUAGCCCUGGUGAUUUCUGCGGUGUUUCAGAUUUGGGGGAUUCGGUGUCACUUUCGAUUUCGGGUGGGUGAUUGGCUUUUGAUCCAUGGUGGGGGUGCUGUCGAACCGGGUGGACCGGGAGGAUGUCGCCGCCGGGGAUCACAUCUACUCAUGGAGAGCCGCCUACAUCUACGCCCACCACGGGAUAUACGUGGGAGAUGGCAUGGUUAUCCAUUUCACUAGAGCUGCUGGACAUGAAAUUGGGACAGGAACAUUCUUGGACAAGUUUCUGUUUAGCUCCUCUCCAUCGACGGUGGAUGGCCCUCCCUGCCAGAAAUGCGGUCACCUUAUCAAGCCUCAGGGAGUCAUAAUGUCCUGCCUCGACUGCUUCUUGGACGGCGGCAAUCUCUACCUCUUCGACUACGCCGUGUCACCCUCUUUCUUCCUUGCCAAAGCACGUGGAGGAACAUGCACUAUGGCUCCAUCUGAUGCUGCUGAUCUUGUCAUCCACCGUGCCCGUCACCUUCUGAACAAUGGCUUUGGCAUGUAUAGCCUGUUCAAGAACAAUUGCGAAGACUUUGCGAUAUACUGCAAGACGGAGCUGCUUGUCGAGACUUCUUACAGUGUUGGGCGCAGUGGACAGCUGGCAUCGCUGACAGCUGCGUUCAGUGCGGUUGCCUCUUCACCGCUGCGUUUCCUGACAACCAGCGCUGGCGGUCUGGCAAUUGUGACAAGCAGCAUGUACUGCAUGGGGCGAUAUGUUUCGGAUAUGGGUGUUCGCCGUGAUGUUAUGAAGGUGCCUGUGGAAAGGAUCGUGGAGCACUGGGUUGAUAAUGUAGUAGCUCAAGGAGCCACACAGAUGGAGGCGGCAACACCAGGAGGCUCAUCGGAGUUGCCAAAGGAGCUUGCUCAAAAGGAAAGUGUUCUUUAGGUGUGGUGUUCUCGUUGGUCGAUCUGAUUUGUGAUGAUUUGCUGCCCAAUUCCCUAAACAAUGUAUACUGGGUGUACUUGCUCGUGUAAAUUAAUCUACAUCUGAAAUGAGUAGCAAUAUGUAUCAUUCUACGGGAUAUUGAAAGGUUAUAUGAUGCAAAUCGCUUGUUACAUUUAACCAGGGUUGUUUCGGCACAAUUUCGUUCAACCUUGAGAUCUGAAUUCUGUUGUAUACAUAGUUUUGACUUGAUGCAGCGUAGUCCACAUUGUAUCCUUUUGUCUA